AUGCUCCGCGCAGUCAGCACAUCGUUCGGUACCGCCCGUGCGGCGUCGACAGCCGCCAAGAGAAAUCUGCCGAAUAUUGUGUUGGUGGAUGCCGUGCGAACACCAUUCGUCGUCUCCGGAACCGUCUUCAAAGACUUGAUGGCUGUCGAUUUGCAGAAGGAAGCGAUUAAAGCGUUGGUUGAGAAGACGAAUCUUCCAUACGACAAACUGGAUCAUAUCAUCUGUGGAACAGUGAUUCAGGAGUGUAAAACCAGUAACAUCGCCAGAGAAGCCGCUCUCCUCGCCGGAAUUCCAGAUAACAUCCCUGCUCACACUGUCACUCUCGCAUGCAUCUCAUCGAACGUGGCAAUUACUCAAGGAAUGGGAAUGUUGGCCACUGGAAAUGCGAACGCUAUCAUCGCCGGAGGAGUCGAGUUGUUGUCUGAUGUGCCAAUUCGAUACAAUAGAAAAGCUAGAAAGGCAAUGCUUGGAAUGAAUAAGGCUAAGGAUGUCGGAUCGAAGCUGAAGAUUGGAGGAGAAAUCGCCAAGAAUCUGUUGUCUCCAGAAUUGCCAGCUGUCGCUGAAUUCUCGACUGGAGAGACCAUGGGACACAGUGGAGAUCGACUUGCCGCCGCAUUCAAUGUUUCCAGAAGAGAACAAGACGAAUUUGCCAUCCGCUCGCACACCCUCGCCUCCGAAGCAGCUAAAAACGGAAAAUUCACAGACAUCAUCCCGGUGUUCUUGGACGGAAAGAAGCCAAAAACCAUCAAGGAGGACAACGGAAUUCGUGUAUCCACCAUUGAGAAGCUCUCUACCCUGAAGCCAGCUUUCGUCAAACCACACGGAACCGUCACGGCUGCCAAUGCAUCCUACUUGACUGACGGAGCAUCGGCUGCUCUUAUCAUGACUGAAGAGUACGCAUUGGCUAAUGGAUUCAAGCCAAAGGCUUACUUGAGAGACUAUUUGUAUGUUGCACAGGUUGGUUCUAUAUAUUUUGAUUUUCAGGAUCCAAAGGAUCAACUUCUUCUCUCCCCAGCAUACGUCAUCCCAAAACUUCUCGACAAGGCCGGACUCGGACUCAAGGAUGUGGAUGUGUUUGAGAUCCACGAGGCUUUUGCAGGACAGGUUCUUGCCAAUUUGAAUGCGAUGGACAGUGACUACUUCUGCAAGGACCAUAUGAAGAGAGCCGGAAAGUUUGGACGUGUUCCAAUGGACAAACUCAAUUUGUGGGGAGGAUCCCUGUCGAUUGGACAUCCAUUUGGAGCAACUGGAGUUCGAUUGGCUGCUCAUUCAGCUCACAGACUGAAGGAAGAGAAGGGACAGUAUGCAGUGAUUGCUGCAUGUGCUGCUGGAGGACAUGGAGUUGGAAUGCUCCUGGAGGCAUAUGGAAAGUAA